GGGCAGUGGCCGGCAGUGCCGGAGCCGCCUCGCUGCCUGGACGUUCGUUGCUCCCUUCCUGCCGCGAGGCGUUGUAGCGCGCCGCGUUCUCCUACCCGGUGCAGCCGACGCCAGGCGCGAAACAAAACGACCGUGUGCCUCUGUGAAUUCUCGUUUGUGAGCUGACUGCCGUUGUUCGUUUCGUCCGUCAUGUUGGUGUUCCUGUUUCAACUGUCGCUCACCUUCGCGGUGUUCGUCAUGAUGCUGUACCUCGUCCUCCGGCUGGGCUGCCGGUACGUGGUGGGCAUGUGCUCCACUCUAUGAAACCGUCACACAUCACACUCCCUUGGAUGGUUCUCCUACUGGAAAGCCUACCUAGUACAACAUCCUGGAACGCCGCGUGUCUGUGAUAGCCCCGGCGUGUCAGUGUAUCGUCCCUGACGGAGAGAACGCCCCUGCGAAUCUGUUUUGUGCCUUCAUAUCAUCGUCUCAGAGGUGUGCAUCAACAGUGUCAGGUGGCCAGAGUGACAAGAGGGCGGAUUCCACGCGACCAGGGGGGGCCCUCGCCGACCGCGCCGGGGUUCUUCGCUACGGCCGAUGACUAUGGCGGAAUUAUGACAUCCGCCAUGAGAGCUUCAGGUUAAAACGCCGUGUGUCGUGCUGCGGCGAUGGGCUGGCGAGCACCAUGAGAGCCGCCGAGCCCCCGCGGGGGUCCGCGGCCCGCCGGGGGGCACCCUGGGUGGCGUCCUGGGCGUCACCGCUGCUGCUGCUGCUGGCCUGCGCCCUGGGCCCCAUCGGGGGACUCGCCCUCCAGCCGCCCGCGCCGCCCACCUACGUCAUCACCCGCCACCUGGAGGGCGACGUCUACACCGCGGCAGCUGGCCAGCGAUGCCCGGGGCAGUGCGGGUCCGGGAGCGGUGGCACCGCGUUGGACGUCCCCGGCGCCGAGUGUUCGUGCCAGUGCCUGCCGCGGCUACCCAUCUUCCGUGACGACCUGCACGUCUGCGUCGACGACAUCCACGAGUGCAGCCUGGUCCCGUUCGUGAGCGGCUCCAGCUCGCAGACGGUGCCGUUCGUCUUCCUGCCCCUCAAGGGACAGAUCGUCUUCCCGAGCGCUGAAAUCCAAUUCCCAGGCAACAGCUCGCCGAUAUGCGUGGUAUCCGGGGCGCGCUUCCUGGCUCGGGCCGGCUGGGUGGACAUGCGCAACCACACGGACACGGAGCCGCCCCUCCGGCUGCUCAGGGACAACGGCCGCAGCUACCUCCAGUGGCUGGGCGAGCCGCACCUGAGGAGGUCCAUGGAGGGCCGUUUGCUGUUGGUGCAGCUCAUGUGCAAGGAGGAGCAGUCCUUCUUCACGCCCUGCGUCGGACUGCGCGUCGCGGGCACGCCGAGCAGCUUCAGUGGCGUCCGCGAGGUUUCCUUCUCGCCGGUGAGCGGCGGUAGCAGCGGCGGCGCGGGGUCCUCGGACGCGUGGAGCUCCGGGGCGAUGGGUGCGGGCUGGAUGGUCGGCGCGUCCGGCGGCCUCCUCGGCCUCGCCUACGUGCUGGCCGCGCUCGUCUACAUGCGGGCGCGGCGCCGCAAGAACUCCAAACGGCGCGAGCGGCAGCUGGCGGGCGUGGCCGCGGCGCGCAUGGAGGAGGGCCACGACACCCGCGACGGCCGCGACAACGGCGCCUACCUCGCGACCAGCUCGGCCGAGUCGUCGUGCUGCUCCGAGUCGGACGGCGAGACGCCGGCCUCGGACAGCGGCAUGAGCCACGGAGACCGGCGCGGCCACGGCGACCUGGCUCCACACGGCCUCGUGUCCGUCGUGGUGCACGGCAGCCCCGGCCGGGGCGAGGGGCUCAGCGGCAACCUGGACCACUACCUCCUGCAGGACUCGGCCGGCAUCGAGCGUCUGCCGGAGGAGGACGUGUCCAUCGUGGAGACGCUGGACACGGAGCGACCGGACGCCGUACGCGCGAUGGCUGGUCCGCCCAGGAGGAAGCUCUACUUCAACCCGGCCUACUUCGACCCGGAGCUGCUCGCUGCACCACCACCAGCUGCGCUCGAGUUUCUGUCGAAGAUCAGGGAGGUCAUCGGGAUGGCCAAGCACAAGAUGGCAGCCAAGAGAUUCGCGCCCAGUCUGGUGCAGAUUCCCGAAGAAGACUCGAUAGCGACGACGCCCGAGCAGGUGCGCCCCAAAGCCAAGGCGCCGUCUAGGACGCCGUCAAUAGCGCGGCCCUCCUCGCCGCCCGCGCCGCCACCGGGUCCCACUUCCCCCGGUUGCCCGGGCUGCCCCGGCUGCACGGCCGCCCAGCUGCCCCCGCCCCUCAACACCUCGCCAAACACGCCCCUGCCGCUGGGCUGCACCGUGUGCGCGGGCGGGCCGCACUCCAAGCAGCAGCACAUCCGCAAGUGGCUCGAGGAGGUUCGCGCACCCCGGAACGGAGAAAUGGAUGACUCCGGGUCGGUGAAGAGCGAGGGCUCGGUGUACGGCCCCGUGACGCCGCUGAGGACGCUGGACAGGCCGGGUGGCGGCAGUUUCCGCCAGCCCAGCGCCGAGCACGGCCGCCAGGGCGCGAGCGCAACUGUUGGGGCCGGAAGUCGCCGGAAGUCGGCGCCGCGCACCCCGGCAAAGUACAUGCUGGAGAACAUGCGCGCCGCGCGACUGGAGGCCAUCGCGCUGGAGGCUGAGAGCGGGCAUGUCGCGCAUAGCAAGGGGGCGGCCCCGCCGCCGCCCAGGCCCGCCGAGCACCCCGUCAAGGGUCUGCCGCCGAGGGUGCCGCUGCGCAAGCCUGCCAGCGCCGACCUCAACAACAACAGCGGAAAACACGAAGACGCCGCCCCCUCCAGGGUUAUGGCGGAGGACAACAGCUUCCGGAGCAGGUCCGGUAGCGUGAGCAACGGCGGCGUCCGGGAGGAGGGCGGCUUACGCAGCAGGAGCAACAGCGUGAGCAGGCCGGCUGAGGCCCAGGCUGCCGAGGCCAGCCGAGUCAGGAACGGGAGCAUCAACGUUAGCAUUAGGAACAAUAAGUUAAGCAGCAACGUCACUAGUAGUAGCAACAGUAUUAGCAGUCAUAAGGAGGCCGGCGAGGAGGGCCAGUUCCGAGUCAGAAGCCAUAGUGUAAGCAACGCCAAGGAGGGCGGCGGCGUGGCCAGGCCCAGGGAGCCCGACGGCGGCUUCAGGACCCGCAGCGCCAGCGUUACCAACCGCGUGCACGUGUCGGCCGAGGACUCCAUCGUGCGCAGGAACGCGAUGCACUCGCCGCCGCCUCCGCCGCCCACAGCCGCGCCCGCCACGGACCCGGCGCCCGGCCUCGUCGCACAGCAGAAGGAGGCCCUCGCGCGCAAGCUGAGCGUCGCCGCCCCAGCGCCGCCACCGCCGCAGGCGUCCGCGCCGCGGGGUAGGAGCGCCCCCUCGCCGCCCCCACCGCUCCCGCCCCCGGUGGCGGCCGCGGCCGACAAGCCCGAGGUGCCGAAGCAGCUGAUGGACGCGGUAAUCAAGGAACUCGUGGUGCAGAGGGGGCUGGAGACGGUCGCCCCCAAGCCGCCGGCGCCCGCGCCGCCGCGGCCCGUGGAGACGAAGAGCGUCCCGCAGCUACGGCAGUACCACAGCCUGGGCGCCGACCCGGGCCACGGCGCAUCCACGCCCUCAGAGUACGGCGACCUCCCGGUGCGGCCCGGUGCGCUGGCAAACGGCCUGCAACGACUGCAGAAACAGCAGCAGAAACACGCUACCAAGCCUGCCCAGGACGACGACAACGAGUACGAGAUCAUCGUGCUGAGCCCGGAGCCGCCGCCCAUCCUGACGGACCUCAAGGACAAGGACAAACAACAGCCAUACAGCCUGCCAAACUUCCUGACCAACAGCGAGGGCUACAGCCUAGUCAGCGAGGUGUACGUCAACGACAACUACAGUUUCAGCAGCAGCGGCAGCGCGGACAGCGGCGGCGCUAGUUGCGGCCCCUCGCCAUCCCCGACGCACUCGUCGUCGGCGUCCUCCGAGAAUAACAGCGCGGCCGAGAAGAACAUCAAGUACUCGGACAAGCAGCCGGGUCACCUCACGAUCCAGGUCGACGACUCGCCCAACAACAAACGUCACGAACCGGAGGCCGACAACUUCGAGCCCGACACCCUCGACCGAAAGGCCAUCACCAAGGUGCGCGCGCAUCGCCUGGGCUCCAAUGCGUCCGAGUCCAGCAUGCAAAGCGACAUCGCAGGCCACGACGCGUACGUGGACUCUCUCGAGCGCCCCGGGCAGCACCUCUUCCUGCGCACGGCCGGCAGCUUCCGCUCGGACCCGGUGUCCCUCCCCGUGCAGCAGCAGCAGCACCUGCCGGCGUGCGGCAGCCACCUCAACGCCACGGCGCCGUCGCCGUUCAACCGGAUGUUCGGGUCGCUCCGGGAGAUCUAUGAGUCGCGGGCGCGUUGCCGCGCCGCGGACGCCUCUGCCAUCGGGCAGCACUGCGGCCAGUCCCAGAGCCUGCACGGCAGCCUCCACGGUAGCCUUCACGGAAGCAUCCACGGCAGCAUGCACGGCAGCGUCCACGGCAGCAUCCAUGACAGUCUACAUGGCAGCCUCCACGGCGGUAGCCUCCACGGCGGCAGCCAAUACUCGGACACGGACUGCACAUCGGUGGCCUCGUCCUCGAGGCGCUCGACGCGCUCCGCCCGGUCGGCGCAGACCAACGGAUCGUCGACGCGGCCCUCCAAGCAACGCCACCGCCAGAGGUACCCGUCGCCGCCGCGUGGAGCGACCAAGUCCGGCUCCAACAAGCGGCGCAAGUCCAAGGGUGCGUCGUCGGCCACCCAGGAGACCCGCGCGCCCCCGCGGCCGCCGCCCCUGCGCCCGCCCAAGCCCAAGCCGCCGGCCGCGCCGCCCGCGGACAACUCGCUGUACCAGGAGCCGCCGCCCCCGCGCCCCGUCAACGAGCGCGACCCUAGUGCCGGCAUGGGCCCGGACCGGCCGCCGCUGCCCCCGCGCAACCCCAAGCCCACCCUGCCGCCCAAGCAGACGGGGUCCUCGUCGACCUCCAGCAAGCGGCAGCAGAACCCCGCGCACCGCCCCCUGCCGCCACUGCCGCCGCUGCCGCCCCGCGGCCCCGGCCUGGAUCAGGACCUGGACGCCAUGUCGGCCGCCUCGGCGGACAGCCUCAACUCGUCCGACUACGAGGCCUUCUACUCCAUGCCCAUGUCCAGCCCGCCGCCGCCACUGCCGUGCGUCAAGGGCCAGUUCAUCCUGCAGGCCAACAAGGGCAGGCCGUCGGUGUCGGCGGCCUCCUCCCCCGCGCAGCGGCGCAAGCAGCGCGACCGCGACCGGGAUCGGGACACCUCCGACGCUGGCUCAGAGAAGGCCGCCUCCUACAGCGGGACCACCUUCUUGCAGGAGACGCAGCUCCUGGGCGUCUCACGCGGCCGCAUCGGCAAGGACCUGAUGCGGCACCUGCGCGACAAGCGCGGCUCCGACUCGGUCAAGAAGUCGUGGCGGAAGGUGGUGGACCGGUCCAACGCGCACCCGAUCCUCUGCCCCGUGCUGCCGCACAAGCCCGAGGACUCGGGAUACCUCAGCACAGACUCGAACGAGUCCAAACGGAGGCUUAGCAUCGGCCUCGGCAGCGCGCUUAGCAAGGGCCAGAGCCAGGGCAGCCUCAGCGAGACCGACGGCGACGAGUCGCUGUGCGACGGCGCCUCCGAGUCCGGCGGCGAGAGCGUGGCGACCGACUCAUUCUUCUUCGGGAGCUUCCGGGGCGCCCCGGGUAGCGGCGCCUCGACGGACAGGAGAAGGAGCGGGGCGUCCGGGAGCGGUACGGGCAGCAGGAGAAGCAGCGUGGUGCUCAUGCCCCAGUGACUGGCUGAUAUCAAUGAUUGAUUGAUUUAUUUAUUGAUUAGUCGAUUGGUUCAUCGACUGGUUGAUGGAUCAAAAACUGUGCUCAUAAUAA